AUGGCCAUGGAGGCGGAUACACUUGCCCUGGUUCAGCGCGUGCGGUCGUUCCAGAAGGUUGUAGUUCUUUGGGGUGGAGUGGUUGUAAGAAUAGAUGGCCCGGUGGUUUUCGCACUUUUCAUCUUGCUUUCAAGUCUUGGCGAAAAUGGACGUCAGGGGCCCUCCUUCAUCAGAACCUUCUUCGAUCAGGAGGCCUGCGGGGAGCUGGAAGAGGGCCUGGCCUCGUGGGACUCAGAGGAGUCCUGCAGAGACCCUGCGGUUGUCUUGCUUCCAGAGGUGAGCGCGGAUGAGGUUGCAGCUGCAGAAGCCAGGUUGUCUUUGGCUGCAUCCGCGGAUGGGGAGGCUUUACUGGAGAGCUUUCCCGCCCAAUGGCGGUCGCUGUACAGUCACCCACAGAAGCUCCGCCUCCCGGCGCCGUGCUUCGACUUCCGCUCCGUCGUAGCCGAGCUCCUGGAGUGCCCACCGAAGCUCCUGGAGCAGGUCCAUGAGGUACCGCGCUCCGAGGACUUCCAGCCGUGCCCUCCACUCCAACUCGGCAUGACGUUGGCGGGACUCCACGGCGCAAAGAAGAGCAAGGACGCCUGUCGUCAUCGCUACCGGAAUCACGAGGCUCACGCGAGGCUGCAGGAGCUCUACAGGCGAUUCGUCACAGAGGAGGUGCUGCCUGGGCUGGCCCGGGCUGCAGGGGAGCGCGUGGAGGGCUUUGCAGCAGCAGUCCAGACGGAGCCCGUGAUACGAGUCGUGCUCCCAUCCGCGCAUGCAGCAACGAAGCGACACCGCGAUGCUGACUAUGGGCACAUACCCGAGGAGCUCAACUUUUGGCUGCCGCUGACGAAUGUCAGUGGAUGCAGCAGCCUUUUCGUGGAAAGUUUCCCGGGGCGCGCCGACUUUCAUGCAUUUGAAGGUGGUGAAGGAGACUUGUUCCGUUGGUGGGGCAAUCUUUGUGAUCACUACACGGAGGCUAACACCAGCACAACCACCCGCGUGAGCCUGGACUUCCGCGUGGUUGCCGGAUCUUUCUACGCGGCUGCUGCCGCUGCCGGGACGGUGCAAAAGGCAGAGAAGCAGAGGCGCAAAAACCAUGGAGGCUCCAUGGCGCUGGGGAGCUACUACACCUGGAUGCAAGCGUCGCUGCCGGCUGGGGAGUGA